ACUUAUCUUCUAAAGUGUUUCAAAAAGAUUCAUUACUUCUUGCCUUUUCCAUCACGGCCACUUCGAAUACAGUGUGAAUACAAGUUAGAUACGUGUGAAAAUCUGACCUCUGUCAUUUGGAUUAAAGAUUAGGAAAGAUAAUACUUUACUGUGGUAUAAUGAUUAAUUAUAGAUUUCACACUUAUCUUGUUGAUCGACGUCGCAUAUAAUCCGAACCAAAAAUAAGGGCAGUUGGAAAUUUACUCAACUGCGGGACAGCGAACAUUUUUCACGAUGGUGCUGCAAGUGACGGUGAAAUGUGUCCUCUUUACAAUCUUGUCAAGUUUAUUAUUUCUCGGUACAAGUUAUGGUGAGCCAGAAGUUACGAUUCUUCAGGGUAACCUGCUGGGCACGACUAUGACCACCAGAAACAAUCGAAACAUUUCCGCUUUCCUCGGGAUUCCGUAUGGCCAGCCACCGAUUGGAAAUCUCAGAUUCGCGAACCCCGUGGCAGCCGGAGUUUGGAACGGGACUCUAAAUGCCACUGCAGAUGGAAACGAAUGUCCCCAGGCAUUUGGUAGCACAUUGGGCAGCGAAGAUUGUCUGUACCUCAACGUUUACACGCCACAGCUUCCGGUGAACACAAGCACUCUGCUUCCAGUGAUGGUUUGGAUCCAUGGAGGAGCUUUUUUACACGGCAGUUCAAGCUCUGCCACUUUCUCGCCAGACUACCUUUUGGAUUCUGAUAUCGUGCUCGCUCUGCCAAACUAUCGGAUCGGGGCUUUAGGAUUUCUGAGUACUGGCAACGAGGUGGCGGCUGGAAAUUGGGGGCUAAAGGACCAGAUCCUGGCUCUCAAGUGGGUGCAAAACAACAUCGAAUACUUUGGCGGUGAUCCUGAUCAAGUCACACUUUUUGGACAAAGUGCUGGAAGCGCUUCCGUUCAUCUCUUGUCACUCUCGAAAGCGGCGGAAGGACUAUUCCACAGAUACAUAACACAGAGUGGAUCGGCUCUGUCGACUUGGGCCCAUUUGCCCAGUGCAGGAUACGCAAGCCGUGCUUUUCAGCUCGGUGGCUACGUUGGCUGUGACAACGACACCUCGAGUGCCUUGAUCGAGUGUUUGCGGACCGUUAAUGCCUCGGAUAUCGUCGCCUCAGCCUCACAAUUCUACGUGUGGGAGUCGGUCCCAGUUGUUGUGUGGGGCCCGACUGACGAGCCAGACAUCGAAGGCGCGGUGCUCACCGACAGUCCUACGAACUUGUUUGCGAAGGGUGAAUUCUGCGAUUUGCCUUGGAUGACAGGAAUCGUCCGAGACGAAGGGAUCUUGAUGACCGGAACGUUCUAUAGCGACGAUGAAAUGUUUUAUGACUUUUUGGAUAACUUCGAUCUUGUGCUGCCCGAGAUGUUGACCUGGAAUUAUCAGACAGACUCAGGAGCCGCUUGGGUCAAGGCUGUGAAGACGUUUUAUUUCAACGACGAUUUUACAACAAACUCAACUGAGCUGCUCACGAACCUAACUCGUCUUGUUGGCGACGCUAUCUUCAUCUAUCCAACCUUGGACGGACUCCAACAGCAGCUUCCUCUAGCUGUGAAUCCCCAGUACUUUUACUUGUUCAAUUAUCGAGGUACCUACAGCCUCGAUGCGGCAGUACCCGACGCCGUCGUGCACACCGACGAUGUCAUCUACCUCUUUCCACUGAGGUCGAUCCUGGGAGGUAAUAAUUUGACCGACACUGAUUUCGAAAUGGUGGACAACAUGGUGCAACUCUGGACAUCAUUCGCGAUCAAUGGGACACCAACGGUUUUGGCUUCUGAAGAAAACGUCACAUGGACUGAAUACUCGACGAUGGACAAUUAUCUACGAAUAGGCAACCAGUCUGAAGUUACGCUGUCGAUGGAGUACUCUCUUUUUAAAGAGCGCAUGGAGUUUUGGGCUAGUUUGGUUCAUGCCGAAGCAUCUACAGCUACCUUGACGAAUACCUCGACCGGGAUCUUGGUUCUUUUAUUUAUUUGCUCAAAGCUCAUAUAGGCGAGUUUGCGAUCGCUAGUGUAUAAAGCACUUCGUUUAUCAACGAUCAUGUUUAGUUACAAGUUCCUGGAACGUGUUUCAUUGUUGUAAGGAACAAGGUUGGCAUUAAGUUGAUGCUUCCAUUCGAUUUUAUCACGAAACAGUCAUGCAUUGAGUGUUUGUCAAAUCCUUACAUUCAUAACCUACGAGAAUCUCUUCAUACGUACUAAAUAUGCAAGUAUUUUCGAGCGGUAUGAAAUGAAGCAUUGAUAUCUGGUUGUGAAUGUCUCUACAUAAUUCCAGUAUCUAUUCAUUUUGUUUUUGUAACAAGACCUCAAUAGUUCACUGUUUGCUGAUACGUAUCUCGUAAAUGCUUGACGGAAGGCUAUCUCGUGAUACAAUUAAUGAAAAGUACCGAUUUCGGGCCACGUUGAAGGGUUUUUCAAUAUCUAGAAAAUUAGUAAAGUCAAAUUCUUAUGUGCCAUUCGUAAAAAUAUUCAUUCAAUAUCUCCA